AAUAACCGAGUAGUUACGGUAGUCGUAUUUCAAAAUGGCGACAUGUCAAUGCAAUACAAAACACGUUUUGAAAUAGGUUAAUUACUAACAAUUUUGAAACAAGUCUGGUGCGAACAAACCAUCCAGCGAGGUAACAGAGGUAACGGCCACUGGAGUUUACCGGACAACUGAGUACCGUGUGUUACCUGAUACAGUUUAAACCAGAACGACGUACUACCAUUUCACUGGAGAUUUACAACAACAUUAGAUCAUCGCAAAUAUAACUGGGAGAUUUCAAGGUGACUAAAAAGUCAGGGGAAAAUCGUACAUGAAACUGUCUCGUAAUUUGAGAGCUGAAAAUAAAAUCCAGUAUUUGCUCAUCCAUGUAAACCGCACUAACCGCAGUUUUUAUCAGAUAAACAAAGGACAACCAUGUUCGGUGCAAGUACACUGCCGUAUAUAUGAUUCAUAUUAUCCGCCCUAGAAGCGGUGAAGUACCCAAGCAUGAACCAAACUGACUUUAAAUUAAAGUGAAAAUCUUAUCGAUACUGUUACGUAAUAUUCAAUCUAUCAACUGAAGAAGACCGGACGUUGUAAACUUAGACGGUAUAAACAUUUAGUUCAGCUGCAUACCUAUUGAAAAGAAAAUAAACAAAACAGUGGGUGAUAAAAGCUUAUAACCAAGUUAACUGUAUUGCUAAUAUACAUGAAUAAAGUUCAAAUUUCAGAGCAUUUCGAAUCAAAUGACACGGCUAUAUAAACACGAUUUAAGUUUGGUGUUACUUAACACACGACAUGGUGAUACAAUUAGCAAAUAUUUAGUAUAACUGAUUUAAAUUAAAAAAAGAUUUUGUUUAAUUAUUAUAGUCAAACUGAAAUUGUAACGACUUAAAAAAAGUUUGGGAAGAGAUUCAGGAAAGAGAUUGUGUAUGCUAUAAAUGGAAAUGUCUUCUACAAACCCUAUAAUUCCACCACGACCAUCCUCACAAAAUCUAACAACAACAACAACAAAUAUGAUUUCACAAAGACGUAUUUCUCAAAGCAGAACUCCGCCACCACGUAUAUCUACGCAAAAUACAAUGCAUUCAUCACGUCGUUCCGCACAGAGUACAACACCCCCGCCACGAACUUCCACGCACAACGCUUCCACAUCGAUGGAAAGCAGUCCAACGUCUUUAGCUUCACCUCCGCCAAUUCCAGCAAGAUGGGACAUGUGUGCCUGUCACAACGGUCAAAAAUUUACAGCAGUAUGUUUAACAUGUGUAAAGUUCCUUUGCAACAAAUGUUUGUUUUCGGAAAUUUAUUUUCAUAACCAAUGUUCAGUAAUUUAUCUCAGUGACAAUGUAAAUAAAGGAUGUCGGGUCUUGAAACAAUCCGUCUGUGAGAAAGUAGAAAAAGCAAGCAAUACCCUGAACAGAUUCCAAACAAGUCUUUGCAAGAAGAGAGACCGGAUGCUGAAAAAGAGAAACCAAACUAUAAGUGAAAUUAAACAAUAUUAUGAUAGACUUCGAGAAGCGAUUCUAUUAAAGCUGCAGACAGACGAAGAAGAAUUGUUAGAUAUGAUGAAAAGACAAGUUGAUGAUCAAGACGCAGUAAUCCUUGAAAAAAUACAGCAAUGUUGCGCUACAAAUAGUUCUCUUCAAGACAAAAUCGCCGUGAUUCAAAACUUCGGUAACAGGGACAGAAACGGAAUCGAAUACGUUAAAGAACUUGUUAAUGCGUAUGAUUAUUUAAAACAAUGUGACCAGUUAGAAAAGGAAGCAUUAGCCGUUAGAGAUGCAUUUCUUGUCAUUAGAUUUUUCGUCAAUUCUGAAACAGAACAGACUAUAUUAAAUAGCAACGUGGCUUCGGUGGAAGUGUUGAAUUCUCAAUCAGACCCUAGAGACAGAGGGACACUAGAAAGCGAGAGAAUAAACGAAGUUGCUAAUCUUCAAGCCAUUUCUAAUGAAUCAGUCAGUACUUCUGAUGAUGAUGAUGGUGUAGAUAAUAUGCAAACAACUGGCGAACUGAGAGUUGCGCUUCCACCCUUAAAUGAACACACACCGAGUAACAACGAGGAACUUUUGAGUAACAACGAGGAACUUUCUUGUAACACAGAACACAUAGAUAUAAUGCAGCCGCGACCUAUUGAAUAUUCUGAAAGAGAUAAUAAUAUAAACAAUCAAAAUUCAUCUGCUGACAUCAUCACCGAACUGAUUAAUGAAUUUGAUACAAGAUUAGAAACUACUGCGGAAGGAAGAAUAAGUGAACUUUCAAAUGAGAUGAUCCUAACAAAUAUUCGGACUGACAUUUCUCCUGUACAAGAGAGAAGUGAUUCUGUAAUGGGCAAUACAGAUCUUGACGCCACAUCUAGAAAUACGGAUAUAGAUGUUGAAAAUGUUCAGAGUGAAGUCACUGCAUCGAUAGAUGCAGAAGGCGAUAAUGCCUCCACAAGUAACGAACCAACAUCGCAAGCACAACAAAACCUUGUUCCGAAUGAUGAUGAUCCCCCGCCUCCUUAUCCAGGAUUAACGUCUUCUCCAGUUCCAAUCGGACCCGACGAACUUCCACCACCUUAUCCAGGUACAGGCCCACCUCCACCGUAUUCGCAAAUGCCUGAAUCUCAACAACCAUCUGGUCGUAGCAGACUAAAUGGUGAAUCUGGACGAGACAGUAGAGUACAGUCGAGACAUUUAAGCGAUUCGGACUUACAAACUAGACAGUUUGAAAUAACUGCACCAACCCAGACAAGUACUCCCAGAUUGUCUCGCCCAAAAGUCUCCAAGGUUUUCUCAGUCAAUGAGGCCAAUGAUAGAAGAGUUACAGGAAUAUUUGCAUUGAUGUCGGUUCGAACAGACGCAUUCUUAAUCGUAGAUAGAUGGAAUAAGAAACUGAAAUAUUUCGGUGCCAACGGAGAGUCGUUUGGUGGGUUGAUAUUUCGGGAAGAACCGUGGGAUAUUACAAGGAUGAGUGAUGAAAUAGUGGCUGUUACAGUACCAAAACUGAACACAUUUUAUAAGAUUAAAGUAACCAGUAACAGUGUAAUAACAACUAGUACGAUGUCAACGUUGCGUUCUUAUGCCUGUAUAGCGUUUAAUAAUGUCACUCAAUUAUUCGUUUGUGGUCAGGUUCCACAAUUUGGGGAACCGGUCGUGGACAUAGUGGGAAUAAAUGGCGGGCAAAUUAUUCAAAGUUUCAGGUCAGGUUUUAACAAUGAACUUCGGUUUUCUUACCCGCGUUAUAUAGAAAUUACCGAAGAAGGCACAGCGAUUGUCUGUGACUGGAACCUGAAGUGCUUGAUUGUGUUUAAACUUGAUGGAACUGUUAUUGGGAAGUACAGGGGUACCGUAGAGUUUCCAUUAAACGAGCCCACUGGAAUUUCAUACAAUACAUCAUCAAAAGAAAUAUAUGUCAUCGAUGCCAAACACAGUAGUACCCAUGGUGCUAUCCACAUUGUGAACUUGAAUUGCAGAUGUAGAGAAAUAGUAAGAUGGGACAACGAGUUCCGGGUUGCGCGCGCAAUUGCACCUCAUUCCAAUGGUUAUGCUCUUGGAAACAAAAGCGGUGUUUUAAGUAUCUUUGCAUCACGCCAAAGGAGGUAAUUCAGAAGAAAAACUAAUUAAUCAGUGUUUAAUUAAAUUUCAUUCCAGGAGAAAACCAUUUAGUUAACCAUUAUACAAGUAUAAGAUCAGAUUUGCAAACUGAGUGACUAUUGUUGUAUACAUUUCCAGAGGUAUUCAAGAGUACAUGUUUAUAUAUUUAAGCAGCAAGAAAAGUUGCUAGUUGGAUUGCAUAUAAUUCUCAUUUUUUAUAUACAUGUAGACUUACAAAUUUUGUGACAUAUCUAUUAAUAUACAAAUUAUCUCUGAAAGCAACUGUGAUUUGACUUAAUAUUAUUAUGUUAUUGUUAUAUAAUAAAGCUAUAUCUAUGCC